CACGCAUGCACGCAUACACACACGCGCGCUUCUCGGCUCUCAGCAGAGCGCAGUUAUUUGGUGCUGUGAGCGCGUGCGGAGCUGCUUCACGUUAUUUUGUUUUUUAUUUGUAUUUUUCCUAUUUUUAUUUGAAGCUUCUCCUCCUCUUCAUCAUCAGUCCCAUGGUGUCGGUGUCGGACGGGAUCUGCCUGGGUUCUGAACACAGACAGAGCGCGUGCAGGAGUUAAAGGAGUCUUCUUUUCCUCCCUCCUGAUGCGGAGCUGCGUCCUCUGAAUCUGGGAUGAAUGCUGGAGCAACAAGCGGCGGCCGCGCGGGCGGCAGUGCGCGGCAGCUCUGCGCACACUUUGCGGGAAUAACGCGGUUCUGAUUCGGUGGAUUUUGGGUGCUCUACCUGCGGGAUUACGGCGGGAUUACGGAGUGAACCCCGGACACCUGCGCCUGUUUGAAUGAACGCCGCAGCUGGAAUCUUCUAACUAUCUGAAAAAGUGUCUCGUGCCUUGCGGUGUUUUUUAUUUUUCGGGUUUCCAGGAUUUAUUUCUCUGUCGUAGGGAAGGGAGCGGAUAAAGUCAUGGGCAGGUGCUCGAGCAGCCGCCCGCAGCUGAAACCCGGCCUCAUGUUCCGGGUCUUGUGGAUGGUUCAGGCUCUCCUGGAUCUAACGGGGUCUCAGGAGAUUUACGCGCCGCACUCGAUCCGGGUUGAGGGCGACGUGACGCUGGGAGGGCUUUUCCCGGUGCACGCCAGGGGGGUCCCAGGGAUGCCGUGCGGGGACAUCAAGAAGGAGAACGGUAUCCACCGGCUGGAGGCGAUGAUGUAUGCCCUGGACCAGAUCAACGGUGACGAAGAGCUGCUGCCCAACGUCACGCUGGGCGCGCGGAUACUGGACACCUGUUCGCGGGACACGUACGCGCUGGAGCAGUCCCUGACGUUCGUGCAAGCGCUGAUCCAGAAGGACACGUCGGAUGUGAGGUGCACCAACGGGGAGCCGCCGGUGUUUGUGAAGCCUGAGAAAGUUGUAGGUGUGAUCGGAGCGUCGGCCAGCUCCGUGUCCAUCAUGGUGGCCAACAUCUUGCGCCUCUUCCAGAUCCCUCAGAUCAGCUAUGCAUCCACUGCCCCGGAGCUGAGCGACGACCGGCGGUACGACUUCUUCUCCCGGGUCGUUCCUCCAGACAGCUUCCAGGCACAGGCAAUGGUGGACAUUGUCAAGGCCAUGGGCUGGAAUUAUGUCUCCACGGUGGCCUCGGAGGGCAGCUAUGGGGAGAAGGGGGUGGAUGCCUUCACACAGCUCUCCAGGGAAGCAGGUGGAAUCUGUAUCGCUCAGUCUCUAAAGAUCCCUCACGACCACAAGCCGUCCGACUUUGAUAAAAUCAUCCGUCUGCUGCAGGACACUCGGUACGCCCGGGCGGUCGUCCUGUUCGCCUCCGACGAAGACAUCAGGGGGAUCCUGAAUGCUACCAAGCGAGCAGAUCAGAUCGGUCACUUCCUGUGGAUCGGCUCCGACAGCUGGGGGGCCAAGAACAGCCCCAUCAACCAGCUGGAGGAUGCUGCCGUUGGAGCCAUCACCAUCCUGCCAAAGAGGGCUACCAUCAGCGGUUUUGACGCCUACUUCACGUCGCGGACUCUGGAGAACAACCGGAGAAACGUGUGGUUUGCUGAGUACUGGGAGGAGAACUUCAACUGCAAACUGAUGAGCUCCUCCAAGAAAGAUGAAAGCAGCAGGAAAUGCACAGGUCAGGAGCGCAUCGGCAUCGACUCCAAGUACGAGCAGGAGGGAAAGGUCCAGUUUGUGAUUGACGCUGUGUACGCCAUGGCCCACGCACUUCACAACAUGCAGCGGGAUCUUUGUCCGGAGAACUCGGGCAUCUGCCCGGAGAUGGAGCUCGCUGGAGGGAAGAAACUGCUGAGGUACAUCCGCAGCGUCAGCUUCAACGGAAGUGCAGGAACGUCAGUGACGUUCAACAGAAACGGCGAUGCUCCUGGACGCUACGACCUGUUCCAGUACCAGUGGAACAAUGUGACGGGGCCGGGCUACCGAGUGAUCGGACAGUGGACGGAGACCCUGCAGCUCAACAUCGAAGACAUGCAGUGGCCUCGGGGGGAGCAGGAGAUUCCCACCUCCGUGUGCAGCCUUCCCUGUAAGGCCGGUGAGAGAAAGAAGGUGGUGAAGGGCAUGCCCUGCUGCUGGCACUGCGAGCCCUGUGAUGGCUACCAGUAUCAACCUGACGAGUUCAACUGCAAGCUCUGCUCCUACAACAUGAGGCCCAGCACCAACCGCUCCUCCUGUCAGCCCAUUCCUAUCAUAAAGUUGGAAUGGCACUCACCCUGGGCGGUGAUUCCCGUCUUCCUUGCAAUGCUGGGCAUCAUCGCCACAAUCUUCGUCAUGGCCACUUUUGUUCGCUAUAACGACACGCCGAUCGUUCGAGCAUCCGGCAGGGAGUUGAGUUACGUCCUCCUGACUGGGAUUUUUCUUUGUUACAUCAUCACGUUCCUCAUGAUCGCCAAGCCGGAUGUAGGUGUGUGCUCGUUCAGGAGGAUCUUCCUGGGUCUGGGAAUGUGCAUCAGCUACGCCGCACUCCUCACUAAAACCAAUCGCAUCUACCGGAUCUUCGAACAGGGCAAGAAGUCGGUGACGGCGCCCAAGCUGAUCAGCCCCACUUCUCAGCUGGCCAUCACCUUCAGCCUUAUCUCUGUGCAGCUGCUGGGGGUGCUGAUCUGGUUCGGGGUGGAUCCACCCAACACCAUCAUAGACUACGACGAGCAGAGGACCAUCAAUCCGGAUCUGGCUAGAGGGGUCUUGAAAUGUGACAUCACAGAUCUCCAGAUCAUCUGUUCCUUGGGUUACAGUAUCUUACUGAUGGUCACGUGUACUGUUUAUGCAAUAAAGACACGCGGCGUCCCAGAGAACUUCAACGAAGCCAAGCCCAUCGGAUUCACCAUGUACACCACCUGCAUCGUGUGGCUGGCUUUCAUUCCCAUCUUCUUCGGCACCGCUCAGUCUGCAGAAAAGCUCUACAUCCAGACCACCACUCUAACCAUCUCCAUGAACCUGAGUGCGUCCGUCGCCCUCGGGAUGCUCUACAUGCCCAAAGUCUACGUCAUCAUCUUCCAUCCGGAGCUCAAUGUGCAGAAGAGGAAACGAUCCUUCAAGGCCGUUGUCACCGCUGCCACCAUGUCAUCCCGCCUCUCCCACAAGGCCAGCGAUCGGCCCAACGGAGAGGCCAAGACGGAGCUGUGUGAGAACGUGGACCCAAACAGUCCAGCAGCAAAGACGGAGUACGUGAGCUACAAUGACCUCGUGAUCUAACUGCAUUCCUCCAUCAGAACGGGACGUCGCAGAGAUCUGAACGGAUCAUUGACACGGGAGGAAGAGGAGGUUUCUGUUUUUCCUGUUUUUGUUUUUGGUCUCGUGUUUCACUGCCCACCAGAGACGUUCAGGUUCUGCAGCUUUGGUGGGACUCUCCUCUGAACAGAAACUCAUUCAAAGAGAAACCUGCUGGAGAGUUCAACGAUAACACCAGUUUGUUUUGUUGGUAAUGGCAGCGAGGACCAAUGCAUCAAUGCACACUCAGCGGUCCGACCACGAGCCCGUGCGCUCGCCUCCUCUCGUCUCUUCAUGUACUUCCACACUGCAAGUUUUCAGCCUUCUUGUCGACCGCUGUGUAGUUCUUCAUGGCUUCUAUGUCGGCCUGCUUCAGUUCUGUCACAGCGAUGAGUCCACAUUGGAUUGGUUCUGCUUCCUGAUGUGCAUCAUUAAUUCUGUUGGUGUUUUAUUGAAGCCAUACUCUUUGCUUUUGAGGGCUGGACUCAGAUCCUAUCUUUGAAAUGUAUAGUGAUUAUUAAUGAGAAUGAAAAUCUGGGCUUCUUAAAACCCCUGAAAACAAUUUCUUAAACAGGUUCUGGACUGAAACCCCAUUUUAGUCAGAUGUUCAGAGUUUCAGGCAGUUUCUUAGAUUACGAUCAUCCAGGUCACAGGAAUCGUGAGAGCUCUAUCAAAGGCAAAAAAGGACAGUUCUGUGGAUUUCAGGCAGUUACUGAUGAUGCAUGUUUCAUUUACAGUGUAAUGUUGUAGCAAACAGAACCAUAACCGGAUCUGUGUGAAGCUGCAGUCACAGAACCCGUUUGGGUUUAUUAGCGUCGGGUCUCAGAGGUAAUGACAUCCGUGGUAAGUGUGCGUCACACUGAAGAUAGAAAUAUCCACGUUCUGCAUGUGUUUUCUCAGAGACUCAACGCCUCUCUUACAAAAGAACUUGGAUGACUGGAAGUUUUCAGGGGCUUUAAGUCUCCGAGAUCAGUGACCGGGGGUCUGCACCAUGAAGCAGGAGCAGAAAAGCACAACUUUCUGUGUUAUAGAGGUGGUUCACUUUUAACUAACUUCUAACCAUGUCAGGGGAUGCCCCCAGCAACCAAUCAGCUCCUUUGGAAAAAAUAAAACAAAAAACUUAUUUGCAACAUUGUAAAACAAUCAAAGCAAAUCUGAAAUGAUUUUCUGAAAAGCUGCAAAACAAAUUGUGUAAGAAAUCAUUUUUAAACAGUGAAUCCAACUUGUUUCCAUGAAUAUGUCUCAUUUCCACAAAUCUGGUUUGUUUCCACCACUUCAACUCAUUGCUAUUAAUCCAGUUUAUUUCAGCAAAUCCAACUCGUUUUGAACAAUUCAAAUUAUUACCAGGAUUCCACCUCACUCCUUAAUCCGACUGAUUCCCAUCAAACCACCUCGUUUCCAUCAAUCUGAUUAUUUUCCAUCAAUCAAAUUUAUUUCCAUGAAGCCAUGCCAUUUCCAAGAAUCUGAGUAGUUUCCCUCAAUAUGACUCAUUUCUAUCAAUGAAACUCAUUAUCAAUCCAAUAAAACUCGUUGAUAUGAAUCAAAUUCAUUUCAAUGAAUCUGACUCAUUUAAUCAAUCUAACUUGUUAAAAUGAAUCCCCCUCAUUUCUUUUCUUCAUUCCCCUGAAUCCAUCUUGUUUCCAUCAAUCCGACUUGUCUCCAUCAAUCUGACUAGUUUUCAUGAAUCUGACUUAUUUUCGUGAAUCCGACUAGUUUCCAUCAAUCCAACUCGUUUCCAUUAAUCCCACUAGUUUCCAUCAGUCUGAUGCUUUUCCAUCAAUCCAACAAGUUUCCUUCAAUCCAAUUCAAUGGAAUGAAUACAAACCAUUUCCUUAAGCUGACUUUGUUUCAUAAAUCCAUCUUGUUCCGAUCAACCCAAGUCAUUGAACAAAUCUGACAUGUUUUAAUCAAUUCAACUCAUUACCUCGUUUUCACCAAUCCAGUUUGUUUCUGCAAAUCUGACUCAUUUCCUCAAUUUGACUUGGUUCCAUGAAUCUGACUUAUUUCCAUCAGUCCAUCGCAUUUUCAUCAAUCUGACUCGUUUCCACUGAGUGACUCAUUUCCUCUAAUCUGACUUAUUUCCAUGAAUCUGAUUCUUUUCCAAUAAUCUCACUAGUUACCAGAAAUUGAAUCAUUUCUCUGAAUCCAACAUGCUUCUAUGAAUCUGACUUGUUUCCAUGAAUUGGCCUGAAGUGAAUAAACUGGACUGUGUAGAGUCACCAGAAUGGGGCAGUAUAGGCUUUACUACUGCUGGUUGGAAUUCAGUAGAAGAAGAAGCUAUUCUAACAGGAAACAAACAAAUGUGGUGGACAUACACAAAGAAAAAUGAAGAGAGCUCUUCUUUGGAAAUUCCUAUGGGAAUUUUUGGGAUGUU